UCAUUUCUGUCAGUCCGCCGCGAACAACUGUGGAGGAAACGCUUUGUUGGAUCGUAUUUUAAAAAACCUUACCGGCUUAAUAUACCGGUAUUGAUAAAAGUAGAUAUAAAAUAGGCUUUAUAAUUAAAAAAAAGUGUCAAGUUAAUUGAUGUUUGUGCCGCGUCUCGCUUAGAUAUUUUUUCGCAGUGCAAUCAUAGUGGUUUGAUCUCGCGAUCUACGUGACUGCAUUUCUUUGGUGGAGGCUUGCUGAAGUGUAAAAAGACACCAUGAACGGUUUGAACGGUCACGCCAACGGCGAGGUAAAUGGCGCCGGCGACAUACUCACCCAGAACCAGCAGAAAGGCUGGUGGACCAUCGGCCUCAUCAACAGCCGGUAUCGGUACCUCACCGCCGAGACCUUCGGCUUCAAGAUCAACGCCAACGGCACCAGUUUAAAGAAGAAACAAAUAUGGACCUUGGAACCCGCCUCGGGGAAUGCCAAUGACAGCAUGAUAUAUCUUCGGUCACACUUGGACAAAUAUCUGGCCGUUGAUUCAUUCGGAAACGUGACCUGCGACUCCGAGGAGAAAGAGGCGGGUAGCAAGUUCCAGAUCAGCGUGUCUGAAGACAACAGUGGGCGCUGGGCGCUCCGCAACGUCGAGCGAGGCUACUUCCUCGGCUCGGGCUCCGACAAGCUCGCCUGCAGCGCCAAGGUGCCCGGCGACUCCGAGCUGUGGCAUGUACACCUCGCGGCACGGCCCCAGAUGAACCUCCGCUCAAUCGGACGCAAGCGCUUCGCUCACCUCUCUGAGACCCUGGACGAGAUACACGUGGACGCCAACGUGCCCUGGGGCGAGGAUACGCUCUUUACCCUAGAGUUCCGCGCCGACGAGGGCGGCAAGUAUGCCAUACACACCUGCAACAACAAAUACCUGAGCGCUGGAGGAAAGCUCCUGGACAGCUGUACGCCCGCCUGCCUGUUCAGCGCCGAGUACCACGCGGGAGCGCUGGCGCUCCGCGAUGGCUCCGGUGCCUACCUCGCCCCCAUCGGCUCCAAGGCCGUCUUGAAGACGCGCUCCACCGCUGUCACUCGCGACGAGUUGUUCUCUCUGGAGGACAGCUUGCCUCAGGCGGCGUUCGUGGCUGCGUUGAACGACAAAUACGUCUCUGUUAAACAAGGUGUGGACGUAACAGCAAACCAGGAUGAGAUCUCAUCCCACGAGACCUUCCAGUUGGAGUUCAACUGGGCCACGAAGCGCUGGUACAUCCGCACCAUGCAGGACCGCUACUGGACGCUCGAGACCGGCGGCGGCAUCCAGGCCGCCUCUGAUAACAAGUCGUCGAACGCUCUGUUCGAGCUGGACUGGCAGGGCGACGGCGCCGUGGCGUUCCGCGCCAACAACGGCAAGUACCUCAUGACCAAGCGCUCCGGACACCUCUACGCCAACGCGGACACCAUCGACGACAACUGCAAAUACUACUUCUAUCUCAUCAACAGGCCUAUUCUGGUGCUAAAAUGCGAGCAGGGCUUCGUAGGGCCGAAGGGCGUGCGACUCGAGUGCAACAAGGCCAACUACGAGACAAUACAGGUGGUGCGCGGACCCAAGGGAGCCGUCUACUUCAAGGGAUCAAACGGCAAAUACUGGCACGCGGACGGCGAAUCAGUAACCAUGGACUCUGAUACCCCACAAGGCUUCCACCUCGAGCUGCGGGAACCCACCCGCCUCGCCAUCCGCGCCGCCGUCGGCCGCGAGUACCUCGCCGCCGUCAAGAACGGCAACUUCCGUCUCGCGGGCACCGACCUCAGCAUGGCCACGCACUGGGAGUAUUAGAUACGUCAUCAACAAGAGAUUCCUUUGGACGAACCAGCGUUGGAUACUCACAGCAUACAUUGCUGAUGCGAUCAAGACCCCGUAUUAAAAAUCUAUUUAAACCUACUAAAAAUCUUGUUGAAAUAUUGGUAAGAGCGUGACCAAUGUUUAGGCAAGUUUUUUGGAACUCCACUAUGUAAUUUGUUUAUAAUUUUGACUACAACAACAACAGUAUCAAAGACUGUUUUAGGGUCUUUCAGACGUGGAUCAAUGUCCAUAUUCACUAUAGUAGUAAGUUUUUUGAUAGAUUUUCUACGGCGUUAGUUUAGUGGUUCGCUCAAAUGAAUCUCCAUAGAAAUAAACCGUAAAUUACAAACCAGUUCACAUAAUCUUCCAUAGCAUACGAGACUAAACAUUUGGCUAUCGAAUUCCUGUUCCCGCGAACCGUGAACAAUCGUGUGUCCGCUCAGUUGACGCCAUUUUGAAAACCCAGCGGCCAUUUUGUUUCAACAAGAUGGCGGCCUCCGAACGACCCAAACAGCUGGUUCCAUGGAGAAUCAAACUGCCAAUAGUUUGGUAAAGAAAAAAGUAAAAAAGGGAAUGUUGCUCAAUGUUUACUCAUUGUCGUUAUACAUUUCGGCGAAAAAAAAUAGUAGAAAAAGGAUUCAACUGCAGCGGCGCUCGUUUUUGCAUUUAGUAUGAUUAAGGUACUCUCCGCGUCGCGGAUGUGAUUGUUCGCUUCACUAUAAUCAUAAUUAUUUUAACAUAAUUUAGAUCUGUCUACGCUUGCUUAAGAUAUUUUACCCUUGACCAUCUCGGCUUCGAUUAUUUAUUAUUAGAAUUAUAUUUGGGACGUAUAUUUUCGAGAUUUAUAGGUAGUGUCUAGUCGGUGGUUUAUACGGUAUCAUGAGACUGAAGCCUACAGCAGUGAAACUCUGUCCUAAGUUGCGGGCUCACGCAAUACCGGCCGCGCGCGCUGUGCGUUCCGGGUCUACUCAGAACCGCUACAUUUGAUCACCAGAGUUGAUGCGAUUGAAAUGUUGCCAGCAUUUUUUAACCUUCUACGUUUUGGGUACUCAUAUCCAAUAUUUCUAUAGUCGGUAGGCCCUAAAUCCAGCCCAGCGCAAGCGCGUCUGGCUAACUAAUAAACUAAAAUAACGAUAAGUAAGUUAGGUUAUUUAAGUAUAGAGUAAGGCGAAUGCCGCUUCCAAUAUAAUCGUCCAUUCCACGCUUCAUGGGGUGUUUUAUACAUUUAUAUAACCGGUGCAUUGUAUAUAAAUGAUCGACGUUUACUCAGAUAAUCUCUGUACUUACUUGGGAGUGUUUUUUUAUAAUGAACAAAAUAUGUUUAUUGAUGUACGCUGAAUGCUGAUCCUGGAUUAAUAUUUGUUCGAUAAUGUCUUUGUAAACUAUUUAUGAAUAAAUUAUAAUCAUAUUGUAAA